ACGCUCCCUGGGAGGAAGAUCCCAGCCCACCCCCCAGCCCCGAUGACGACGACACCUCCUCCAUGGAGGACGAUGCCUCCACCUCCAUGGAGGUGGACGAUGAUGAUGAUGAUGACGAUGAUGAUGAUGAUGACGAUGAUGAUGACGACGACGGCGGAGAAGCCCCCGCUCUCCUGGACGUGCCCGGAGCCCAAAGUCCAAGGGUUUCCGGGGCCCCAACUUCAAGACGUCGAAUGUGGGGAGCCACCACGUCCAGGAGGCAGUCAGGUAUUUUUAACCCUCCUUUUGCUCCAUCAGACUCCCCAGCGCCGGAAGGAGGCCGCACAGAGGACGCAGCCCCUGACACGCCCGUCUGCCCGGUGAUCAUCACGGUGACUCAACCGACUCCGCCCGAGGAGGGAUUUACCGAGCAGAACGGGGCUCAGGAGGAGGAGGUGGAUGAGCAGCGCGAGCCGGACGACGACGACCCAGGGAGGGACGGAUCAACGGACGCUGCCCUGCACGCCGAUCCCGCGGACCCCCCGCCCGACGACGACGACGACGAGGACGACUCGUCUCCACCGAGUCCUCCCCCGCCGCCGCCUUCGUCGGGCUUGGGGGCCCGAGGGACCCGCGUGCGCCGGCAGGUGCAACUUUACCAGGCGCCCGCCGACUCCCUGCGCCGCCGCCCCCGGCUCCCGCCUCCCAGCCGCCGCCCCCGCCGUCGUGGAGACGUGCGGGAUAUCCGCAGGGUGCGGCCCUCCCCGAGUCCGCCUUCCAGCGACUGA